UACAUAGCAUAAUCAUUGACAUCAUCUCUGCUCUUCCAUCUCCUCGAACCGUCCCUCUCCCUCCCUCUCUUCUGGCGCACCGAGGUCUCGAGGAACCUUGAUCGAUCAUGUCGGAGGGAACCAAGGAGCCCGAUGGUGGCGAGGAGAAGGUGGUUCUCAAGACCCACGACGGCCAGGAGUUUACCGUGGACAUGGCCACCGCCAACCGAUCCGGGACACUCAAGAACCUCCUCUCGGAAGUCGGUGGCAGCAGCGACAACCCGCAAGUGAUCCCCCUCCCGAGUAGCAUCACCAGCCCGGUGCUCGGCAAGGUGGUGGAGUACUGCCAGCGGCACGCGGGGGGCGGCGGCGGCACGGGGGGCGUGCAAGCGCUGGAGCAAUUCGACGAGGAGUUGGUGGAGCUCGACAAGGACAUGCUGUUGGACGUCACCUACGCAGCCGCGUUCCUCGACGUGCCGCGGCUGCUCGACCUCACCAGCCAGGCCGUGGCCGACGCCAUCAAGAAGAUGUCCGUGGAGGAAGUCAGGCACUACUUCGGCGUCGUCUCCGACUUCACCGAAGAGGAAGAGAAGGUGAUUCGGAGCGAGUGUCCCUGGGCCUUCGAAUGAUGGCGACCUGCAACUCGUGGGCUUCUUGGGAUCCCCGUUCUCGGACAGUUUACCGGUUCAUGUUCUUGGUGUUGUGGUCUGACUUCCAUCUCAAAGACGGCAUCAGU